GGUGCUAAGCUAAUCUUGAUGAAGCCAUAGUUCCAAGUGCCCUUCAUCCAACCUGAAGAUGACACUUAGAGAAUAGGAGUUCUGACUUGAUUCUUCACCGCUGCAGCCUGCAGGCACAAGACCAAACCCGUAUAACAGUUAAACCAAGGCAGCCAUGAACCUGUUCAGGAAGGACGCCAUGAGCUCAAAGAAGGAGAAGGAUAAAGAGAUCCAAUACGAGGACCCUCCAGAUGGAGGUUGGGGCUGGAUGGUGGUGCUGCAUUGCUUCCUGGUGAAUGUCCUAGUGAUGGGAACACUGAAGAGCUUUGGGAUCUUCUUUGUGGCUUUCCAAGACGACUUUGGAGGCUCGUCAGAAAGCAUCAGCUGGAUUGGUUCCAUCAUGUCAAGCAUGCGGCUGUCUGGAGCACCCAUGGCCUCUGUGGCGUGUGCCAAGUUCGGAACCCGGAAGACCUCCAUCACUGGGGCGUUGCUGGUCAGCGGAGGCUUCAUCAUGAGUGUUUACGCAAACAGCUUGGUGUUCCUCUACGUCAGCAUGGGAGUGGUAGUUGGGAUGGGUUUCGCACUACUAUACCAGGCCUUCUCAGUGGUCACAGCUCUGUACUUUCGAAAGCGGUUAGCAACAGCGUAUGCGAUUGGACGUUCUGGGAUGGGUUUGACCUUUGCCCUUGCCCCAUUUACUCAGCUGCUCCUGGACCUAUAUGCCUGGCAAGGGGCGAUGCUGAUUCUUGGAGGUCUAAUGCUGAACCUGGUGGCCUCUGGGAUGCUUCUGCGACCACUCAAUGUAAAGCCUCCUGUGCCAAACGCUACCUCUUCCCCCGACCAAAAGAGCCCUGCUGUUUCCCUCAAGAGCUCCUUAGAGAAGGAAUACUCCAAGAGCUCCUUAGAGAAGGAAUACUCCAAGAGCUGCUUGAACGGCUCCACUCACUUAUCCAAUGGCAUCGCCAAAUCAGACUCAUCCCCUUCCCUUCCUCUCCCUCACAGGGACACUGAGAACCUGGGGGGCCAAUGUACUCAGGGGCCCGAGGACCAGUCAGUGAAACCUGAACUGACAAGCCUGGUCCUCAGUGGUGUGAAUGGCCACGAGCCUUACCAUGACUCGGUUCAGUGUAAACCCAGCACUCCGGACAGCUCAGCCGAGCACAAUGGCGGCAUGAAUGGGUCCAGCAUUGUUGGACAUCCCUCGCAUGACUGCACACCCAGCGAGGUGGCCGUCGUACAAACCAAAGUGCUGGACUUUUCGUUGCUAAAGGACCCGUUUUUUUGCAUCUACACUUGGUCCGUGGUCUUCAGCCAGCUGGCCUACUUCAUCCCUUAUUUCCACCUGUCUGCCCGAGCCAGAACCCUGGGCAUCGAUGCCAUGGAUGCUUCAUUUAUCAUCUCUGUGGCAGGUAUCACAGAGACCAUCGCCCAGCUAGCCUCAGGCUGGGUGACAGACAAGAACCUGUUUCAUAAAUACCACUACCACAAAGCCUACCUGAUCCUCUGUGGCAUAGUCAACCUGCUGUCGCCACUCGCAAACACCUACAUCCUGCUCAUGGUCUACGCCAUCUUCUUUGCCGUCUUCUGUGGCGGCUACAUGGCGCUGCUGCUGCCUGUUCUAGUGGAUCUCGUGGGGGCGGAGAAACUAAACAACUCCAUGGGCUUCUCCAUGUUCUUUGUCGGCCUGGGCUGCCUCACGGGGCCUCCUUUAUCCGGGUUCCUUUACGACUACACUCAGACUUACGACUGUUCUUUCUACCUGGCCGGGCUCUGCUACCUGAUCUCCUCCCUCUCCCUGUUCUUGGAGCCGCUGGCUCAGCGCUGGAAGGCCAAGAAUAAACUGGCCCUGGCCAAGACGGCAGAAAGCAGCUGCAAGACAAAUGGCUGCUUCACCCUGGAGCGCCUGCAGAACGGCGUUGUGUAAGAAUGACACCCAGGGAGAGCCUCGCAGUGGGCCUGCAAACCUUGGACCAUGGAUUGCAACUUAAAGUUGGAACCUAAGUGACUCUUAAUGUCUGCAAGAGAGUCACUUAGGCUGGGGGGAGGGGAAUAUGACCACAGUAGCAUGAUUUCUAAGAGACUACGGUAGUAUGGACAUUAUUAGAUUAUUGUGUUGAACUUUUAAAAGGCCAAAAUGUUCCUGUAAAACUGUAAAAUAUUAUACCCCCUAUCUUUAUAUUAUCAGAGGUUUAUGCAUCCCAACCGAGAACAACCCCCCACAGACCACAGCCAGCAUGUUAGCAGCUGAGCAACCACGACUUACGGAAACAUGAUCUGAUUUUCUAAUGCAACAGCUUUGCAGAAACAUAUCAUAGCUGGAAACUAAGCUAUGCAGUUUAGCUUGACUUCCUGUUUUCAUACAAAUUUUCUGCGAUGACAUUAAUGCAAGCACAUAUCCACAAGGGGAUCCUGAUCUCCCUGAAUGCCUUUAGCUGUGUCUUUACACCUUCACUCACUGACAUGCACUUUGGGGCCAAGUUGAGAUCACGCUGCAUGAUAUUUUUCUUCUGACCUUUUACUCUCAGACAGUUGAGAUACUGAACAACGGAAUUGCAGCCUGCCUCUGAAGACACAAUGUGUAGUUUGCUCCAUACAGAUCCACAAAAAAGAAAGAAAAAUAUUCUCUUAACCCAAACAAAUUGUAUUGCAAACAUAUUUAUGUUUAUACAUAAUUUUUUUGUAUAAUGGACAGUUUAUACAAAAAUAAACUGCCCAAUAUACCUAAUGGGCAGUUUAUUUUGAAUUGAGAUUCUGGCUUGGCAUUUUUUUUAUAUCCCUAACCCCUACAUACUCAUUUAUACCUUCAGCUCUUUCAUACCUUUUACAGUUUUACUGGAAGUUGAAGUUUUAUUCUUUUUUAGGAGAUUUUUUGAGACUGUAACGGCUGGUGACACUGAUCUGUGCACCCAAGGGAAAGGGCUUUACAGUUUUUCUGAAUUGCCAAAACACUACACCCUGUUCUCUAAACAAAACUGUCACCUUGAUAAACAACUUUAUCGAACCGAUGACUUACUUGGCAGGAAUGUUCCGAUAUCCUACAAUAAAUAUUUCCCUGUAAUUUUUCAGUACAGAUUUGCCCAGAGUGCAGUGUUUUGCAUUUAUUUGUGUAGUGUGUCAUUAUUGCUGAGUCCUGUUUAUGCAUUAGCUGGCUUUCUUUGUUAUUUGAUGGCAGUGUUUGGUUCUGGGUAAAGAUAAAAUAGUUUUGAAUCAAUUGUUUGAUUUUGCAAGAGAAGUCAAACGUUUUGUGAGUGGAGCUUGAAUUUAUGUGUUUGUUUUUUACUUAUUGAUAAUUGGAGAGGAGGUUUCAGUAAAAUUUGUUUUAACAAUUCAGAAAAACUGUAACAUUUUAACCCUUCAACCCUUUCAAAACCCCGUAAUAUAAACUGACUAUUAUCUCUCGUCCCUGAACUGAGAGCUCAGAUACCUUCAGGGUCCGUGCUGACAUGUUGGACGAACCUGUACUGAAACCGUUCACAGGGCACAUGCGUCCACUGUACCCUGCACGUUAGCUUAAGGUGAAUUCCAAUAGCUUACAAUUCAUCACUGGAAUGUCCAACCGAAACAUGUUUCAUAAAAUGUCAUUUAAAUUGCUCACAAAAAGGGGCUGACAUCUGCUUAAACUCUGUUCGACCCUUAAUUCUGCCAAUACAUGCCAGAUUUAGUUUUUUCUGAUCUAGAUCCACAAUUGAUUCCAUGGGAAUUCAUAAACUAAAUCCUGGUCCGGCCCCUGAUCUGGAACUCACCCAAAAUUAAAUGGCUUCUUCCCUGAGUGACGCCACAUCUUUCACCCAAGUUUCAUGCAAAACUGCUCAGUUGUCUUUGUUUGAUCUGGGGUGAGAACGUAACCUCCUUGGCAGAGGUAGUGCAAACUCUGCUGCGGACACCUGCGCUGCUUACAGUACUUCAACCAACCCUUCAGCUCCUCACACCACAUUUACCACCUUUUUAACCUAUUUACACUCAUUGCAUUGGCAAUUUUCUACACAGGGGAGGUCACUUAAUUUCCCUCAGUAAUGUUGAUAUUAAAUUAAAACCUCAGUGAUGGCCUUUUUAAAUGAUGCAACUAGAAACUGCUGCUUGUGUCUGUCAGUAAUAAUAAUAAUAAGCAUUUAAAAUGGUAUGUGGUAGUACCUGCUGUUAAGAGAACACUCACGCCCUGCUCGUCAUCGCCUGUGAGCUUUUCUAGGCAAAUACAAACUGAGCAGGUUUUUCUUUUUACCAUCCGCCUACACAUUCUAACCCAGGCAAAGAUUCCAGCUCUCUUAAUGUUUCCUGAACAUACCAAUCACAGAGAGAGCUGAUGGAAAUGUUGUCCGCUGAACAGCCGGAGCUUCUGUGUGAUAACGUGUCAUUUUAUCAACUUUUUAUAUCUGUAAAUCUCUGACCAAUUGUGUUACAAAGAUGUUUUGACAAUGUCGCCCGUAUGAAUGCAAGGGCCCACCACACUGACUGUUGCCGAACCUUUACAGUGCCUGCAGGCAGCCAAUUAAUGGCAAUGCAACAUGUUAUAUCAUUUUAUUUUGUUUAUACAUGGGAGUCUAUUGGUUGUUGAAUCUUUUUUUAUAUAUAUAGCAGAGGUUUUUGUUUUGUCAGGGGAUUCCUUGUUUUUCACCGGUUUGCCUUACAGGGUACUGUGCUGUAUCUUUCUUAACUUCCUGUGAUGUCAGCCAAAGACAUUAGAAACCUGUCUACAACUUGAAGCUCAUUAUGAGUUUGGACAGCGUGUAUAAUUUAGACCACUAUUACCAUCCAUUAUGCAUGUCAUUUCCCAGUCUUGAUUAUGGAUGGCCCAGAAUCGAGAGAUGGACAUGUGUUUUGUUAUGCUGCCCUCUUAUGGCAGAGGAAUGCAUCUACUCAAAGAAUGCCGUGUCAAUUAGUACCAAGUUAUUCCCCCUCAACUCACUUUCACAAUACUGAGCAAGGCUCUUUGUAUUGUUUCAAUAACGACAGUCAUGCACAAAAGCUCUUUAGCCUCACGGGUUGCAUUCACCACCAGUAUGCUAUCAGGAUUUAGGGCCUCUGUAUAUUUUGUACCUUAAUAAAUCUUUUAUGAAAUGUAUUUGAUGCUUUAAAAAGGUAGAUUCCAUUUGGAAUUACUUUACUUGUUAGUUAUCUGGGUAUGUUAAGGAACUGUAUCUUUAAGCAAUACUUUCUAUGGCUCUUUGGUAAUGUCUCAAACCUCCCUGGUAAGGAAGUGAGUUCUGUUCAAUGAUGUUGGACGUGUUCGUUGCAGCAGAUGCAUUCAUGGGUGAAGCAUUGUUUGCUCCUGGAUUUGCAAACUGAGUUUAGAAAAUAUGCUUAACCCAUCAUAGAUAUCAUUUUUUCCAAACAAUGUAACAGUGCACACUCAGCUCUAAUAAACUGACGCGUAACUCAGUCUGUUUUUGUGUCAUUAAGACGACUCAAAGUAAUAAAUGCAAUGAUACCAGACCAAUUUAUCUCAAUGCAAAAAACACACAAGUCUCAAUGGAUUUAACAUUUUUAUUGACACAUUAUUAUGACAUACUACAGUGAAUAAACAAGAUUAUUUGUGAA